UCAGUUGUGGGUUCUUCUACAAUAUGAAGACUUUUGUACUUUUGGCAUUCGUGGCUCUGGCCGCUUCGGCUUACGCUCUGGAGGAAUCCGAGCGUGUCAAUGGGGAGAAUGGCUGGUACAUUCCCCAGAUGGACGGUUCCUUCGAAUGGGUAGACAUGGACGUUGCCGAGGAGUGGAUGGAGGCCCAGGAGCGCAUGGAGAGUCGCGGCCUCACUACCGUGCCUGUUAACUUCUACCUGUACACCAGCUCGAAUCCCACCAAGGGCAAGAGCAUCAAGGCCACCGCCAAGUCGAUCGACGCUUCAAACUUCAAUGCCGCCCAUCCCACACGCUUCGUGAUCCACGGCUGGACUCAGAGCUAUGUGAACAGCAUGAACAAGGACAUCCGCGACGCCUGGCUGUCCAAGGGUGACUACAACAUCAUCGUCGUCGACUGGGCCCGUGCCCGUUCUGUGGACUACGCCACCUCCGUGAUGGCCGUCGCCAAGACCGGCAAGAAGGUGGCUGCCAUGGCCAACUUCCUGAAGGAAUACCGCGGCAUGUCCUUUGACGACCUGUACUUCAUUGGCCACAGCCUGGGCGCCCAUGUGGCUGGAUACGCCGGCAAGAACACCGACGGCCAGGUGCACACCAUUGUGGGUCUGGAUCCCGCCCUGCCCCUCUUCAGCUACAACAAGCCCAACAAACGCCUCAACUCCGACGACGCCUGGUACGUGGAGUCCAUCCAGACCAACGGCGGAACCCUGGGAUUCCUGAAGCCCAUCGGCAAGGGUGCUUUCUACCCGAACGGCGGCAAGAGCCAGCCCGGCUGCAUCGCUGACGUGACCGGAGCCUGCUCUCACGGACGCUCCACCACCUACUACGCCGAGGCCGUCGCUCAGGACAACUUCGGCACCAUCAAGUGCAACGACUACGAGAAUGCCGUGGCCAAGGAGUGUGGCAGCACAUACAGCUCCGUCCGCAUGGGUGCCGAUACCAAUGCCUACAUGGUCUCCGGUGACUUCUACGUGCCCGUGAACAGCAAGGCCCCCUUCGGCAUGAUUAACUGCAGGAACAACUGGCCCUCAACAUCACAAUUGGAUCAGACCACCAAUAUGAAAGUCUUUGUUGUUUUAGCCGCUCUGUUGGCCGCUGUGAGCGCCGUGCCCAUCGAGGAACGUGUGAAUGGCGAGAACGGCUGGUACGUUCCCCAGGCCGAUGGCAGCUUCGAGUGGAUGGCUACCAAGGACGCCGAGGAAAUGCUAAACAAUGCAGCCAAGAUGGAGGGACGCAUCAGCACCAACGCCGUCAACUUCUACCUCUACACCAAGUCCAACCCCACCGACGGCAAGAAGAUCGAGUCCAAGGCCAGCUCCAUUGAGGGAUCCCACUUCAACAAGGACCAUGGCACCCGCUUCGUUAUCCACGGCUGGACCCAGAAGUACACCGAUGACAUGAACACCCGCAUCACCAAGGCCUGGCUCUCCAAGGGCGACUACAACGUCAUUGUGGUUGACUGGUCCCGUGCCCGGUCUGUGGACUACGCCUCCUCCGUCCUGGCUGUUCCCGGAGCCGGAGCCAAGGUUGGUGAGAUGAUCAAGUACCUGCACGAACACCAUGGACUGGACCUGGAUAGCCUGGAGGUGAUUGGCCACAGUCUGGGUGCCCACGUUGCCGGCUACGCUGGCAAGACUGUUGGUGACAAGCGCGUCCACACCAUCGUGGGUCUGGACCCCGCCCUGCCCCUCUUCAGCUACGACAAGCCCGCCAAGCGCCUCUCCACCGACGACGCCCACUACGUUGAGUCCAUCCAGACCAACGGCGGCAAGCUGGGAUUCCUGAAGCCCAUUGGCAAGGGUGCCUUCUACCCUAACGGCGGCAAGAAGCAGCCCGGCUGUGGCCUGGAUGCCACCGGAUCCUGCUCCCACGGUCGCUCCGUUCUCUACUACGCUGAGGCUGUAUCUGAGGACAACUUCGGAACCAUCAAGUGCUCCGACUACGAGGACGCUGUGUCCAAGAAGUGCGGCAGCACCUACAGCUCUGUUCGCAUGGGAGCCGUCACCAAUGCCUACAUGGUCGAUGGUGACUACUAUGUUCCGACACUAUUCGGUUUAAAUACCAAAAUGAAGGUAAUCGUGUAUUUGGUUCUUCUGGCUGCAGCAGUGAUUGCUGUGCCUAUCGAAGAGCGUGUUAAUGGCGAAAAUGGUUGGUUUGUUCCGAAGGACGAUGGCAGCUUGAAAUGGUUUGAUUUGAAAGAGGCAGAGGAGCUCAUGCUAAGAAGCAGUUCAGUCGAAGGUCGUGCCAACGAUGUGACCUUUUAUUUAUACACCAAGGAUAACCCCACAGAAGGCAAGGAAAUAAGGGCCGAAAAAGCCUCCGUCGAGGACUCGCACUUUAACAAGAACCAUGGCACACGAUUUGUGAUCCACGGAUGGAAGGGACGCUACACGGACAGCAUGAACGUGAAGAUCACCAAGGCCUGGCUCUCCCGAGGCGAUUAUAAUGUAAUUGUGGUUAACUGGGCCCGAGCCAUAUCCGUGGAGUACGCCACCUCGGUGAUGGCUGUUCCCGGAGCCGGAACCAAGGUGGGCGAAAUGAUCAAGUAUUUGCACGAGCACCACGGCAUGUCCCUUGACAAUCUGGAGGUGAUCGGUCACAGUCUGGGCUCUCAUGUGGCCGGCUAUGCUGGCAAGACGGUGGGCGACAAAAGGGUUCAUACUAUUAUCGGCCUGGACCCAGCUAUGCCACUGUUUAGUUACGACCAGCCCAGCAAGCGACUCUCCACCGAGGACGCCUUCUACGUGGAGUCCAUCCAAACGAACGGCGGACGGCUGGGAUUCCUGAAGCCUAUUGGAAAGGGAGCCUUCUACCCGAACGGUGGAAAAACCCAGCCAGGAUGCUCCUCUACGGACAAUUCCUGCUCCCACCAGCGCUCCGUGACCUACUACGUGGAAGCUGUCACCCAGGACAACUUUGGGACCAUCAAGUGCAGGGACUACGAGGCGGCGGUGGCCAAGGAGUGUGGAAGUACCUACAGCAGUGUGCGCAUGGGAGCCGACACCAAUGCCUACAUGGUCGAGGGGGACUUUUAUGUCCCGGUGAAUGACAAGGCUCCAUUCGGAAAAAUUGAAUAGAAAAACGAACAAUAAUAAUAAAAAAUUCAAUUGCAAAAAUA